AUGAUGAUUCAUCACAAGCUCUGCGCCUUUGGCGACCUCUCCUUCUCUGACAGCCUGGUAAUUUUUAGAACUAAAACGUUUCUUUUUUUUGGCAAAGAAUCAAACUUAUCUUGGACAGAAAAAUUUUUACGUUCAAACAUUUUUUUAGUGAGUCAUUUUUAUACUCUGUUAUUGCUGAGACUGUCUCUCCUCGCCGACAUCGUGCCUGGCAUUUUCAAUUCUAUCGCCCCCUAAAAGUCGAACUCUCAACGGUAGUCAUUUCAAACACCGAAGACUUCGAAUUUGAUUACUCUCAACUCAUUCAGGUGGUUCCUCGGAGCUCUCAGAUCAAUAAAGUUUAAGAGAAUUUAAAAAAAACUCAGUACAAAUCGCAAAAAAAAGUGACAUUGAGAUCCAAAUCGGUUCCAAAACUUUCAGGCAAACGGAUCCUUUCACGAAGGAACUCUACACCCUAGUCGUCGCUUCAUACGACUUCAUCCUCGGCGAAGUCUUCCUCCAGAAGCUUCCAAAGUUCUUCCUGGACUAUCAAAACAGUCAGUUCCCCUUUGACAACGAACAGCUUCCUUUAGGAAAUUACGAAAUUGUUCCUAAAUGUUUUUUUAACGUAAGUGAAUGUUUUUUUCACAUCAUAUUCUUCAAACUGACAAAUUUCGAACAUUUUAGGAGCUAUUAUCCGGUUUGCGAUUUCAGGAUAUCCUGAAAUCGCAAAUUAUAUAAUUGAAAAAAAAACAUUUUGAGUAUGCGAUAGUGCGUCUCGGUGUGCUUACACCCUAAGCAUCAUAAUUUACGAAAAGUCUUGACCUUGCGUAAUCACUAAGAAUAACUGACGAGAUAAACGCGAGGUCGGUGGCGGUACAUUGACGAACUCGCAAACAUCUCGCUUUUUUCUAGGCGCGCUCUCGCAUUUCUCUCGGCGCGACCUCGCAUUUUUCUUGGCGCCAUCUCGCAUUUAUCUCGCAUUCCGGAAAUUUUCAAAUUGCGAGAGAAAUGCGAGCUCGCGCCUAGAAAAAUGCGAGCUCGCGCCCAGAAAAAUGCGAGACCGGCGCGAGAAAAAAAGCGAGAUGUGAAAGAUAUUGUAGCCUUGGGGGUGGAGCCUCGAGAGUUUUAUCUUCGCAAUCCGAUCAACAGGACCUACGGCUCGUUCCGCGCAAACGAAAUAAAAGUAGUCAGAAUAGUGAGGAUUUUUAAAAUGUAUUCGAAAAAGAACGGCAAAAAAACGUUUUGACUUACUCCAAUUUAUUCAAAAAACUGGACUUUUAAGCUAAAAUAUCCAGCUUUUUCGUCCAAUCGCAAUUAUCGUUUUGAAUUUUGUAGCUUGGGCAUGGAGCGUUCGGCGAAGUAGCUCUGGCCAACAUCAGUCAUCCAGCUUUUUCCCAAGAUAAAGCGGCCAUAAAAACAGUAGGUUUUUAGAAAUCGGAUUUAUUUAGUGGAUACAAAAAAGAUCGAAGAUCAAAUGUGUGAAUUGAAAAAAUUCUCAAGGCAUUAUGAUAGAUUGCCUUAGAAAUAGGAUGAACUUGUCACUUUAUAGAGCAUUUUUUCGUGUGUUGAACGGUAGAGAAGUUCUAAAUUUCCGAGUAAAAUUAAUUCAAAGUGAGGAGUACUUUUUGAACUCUUCGGGCUUCGGUAACGUUUCUGAGCACUUCUAGCGAUCCCCUUAGCGGUGUUUUCCGAGUUACCCAGGUCCGAGUUCUGUCAGAAAUGCAGUUUGCAAUAAAACUUGCCCCGGGGAAAAAACAGCGCUAUUUUUUGGUUUUUAGGUUCUCAAAGAUCAUCCAAAUAGACGCGAACUCGAGGAAAAAUUCAUAAGAGAAGGCCGGAUUUCGAUCCCGCUAGAUCAAAAGAACGUCGUGCGGACCUUGGGCUGGUGCUUUGACAGCAAACCGCUCCAGCUGGUGUUUAAAUACUGCCCUGGUGAGGUUUCCGAACACAUUUCUCCCAAUCUCCACCAAAAACUCUGUGAAAAGGAUUAGUUAAUUUUGAAUAUUUUACGGAAAAUUUUUUCAAACGAAAAAAUAGCUUGGGAAUCGCCGAGAUUAUUUGGAACGGGGCAUGAAUUUUUGACACCCGUUUGAAUAACAUUCGAAAUUCUGAACUUUGGUCUUUCUCCGCCCCAAGCUUUGACAGAAGUCUUGUUCUUUCGAGUCCACAGGACUUUAAGUUUUGAUUUAAUGACAUUUUUUGAAGGUGGCGCCCUCGACUCGUACCUGAUAGCCAAGUCGGAUCAACUGUCGAAUACCGCAUUGACCAAGCUGUGUCUUGAUGCCGCCAGAGGCCUCACUUACCUCCAUGACGUCGGCGUUUUGCACCGCGACAUCGCUGCCCGCAAUUGUCUCAUGGACGCAAAGGGAAAUGUAUAUUUCCAUGAAAGCUGCAAAAAAUUGACAAACGUUUUCAGGUCAAAAUAGCAGAUUUUGGCCUUUCCGUGAAGGCAUAUUACUAUGAGAUGGUGGUAGCCGAGAAUCUACCAACGAGAUACCUCGCGCCCGAGUGCCUCGUUCGUUUUUCGUUUAACGCCCAAACGGACAUCUUCGCCUUCGGGGUUUUCUUUUUGCUCUUAUUGAGGGACUUUCUGGAAACCGGUCAGAAUAGUCCUCGAUGUCCCAAAUGGGAAACCCGAAAGUCAACUGCGAAACUUUCUUUUUAUUUGUGAUACCCUGACUCGAAAUCAAAAAAACUAGACAGUUUUUGCAACUUGAACUUUCCGAGACCUCCACUUGGUACGACUAGCAAUAUUCUGGGCAGUUUUUCUGAAAGCUUCCAGUCGAAAACUGAAAUGAUCUCCAUUGAGAGAUUCUGUGGCUAAAUUGAAAUCCUUUUACAGCAUUUGGUCUGCGAAAUCCACAAUAAAUGCGAAAUUCCGUAUGCGGGAAUGUCGGGCCUUGAAGCCCGCAAAGAGGUUAGUUUUUUUUAUUUUUUUCACAAAAAUAAAGUCCUUUUUGCAGAUUGCCGCCGGAAAAAGUGCUGACCGUCCACAGCAGAGCUCCUGA